GGGGCGUGAGAACAGGAUAGGGAAACGGUUGGGGGGGGGGGCUCGUGGGCGUGCGUGCUUGUAAAGUUUAAGGAACUUAAAGCCGUGGAGAUCAGCAAAGAACCUUUUGCGCCGCCUCCAAACCGUCCCAUCAUGCCCGUGAUUGCGUUGGGCUGGUCCCGUCUGCUGUGCGCGCGUGUCGUCGCUCUGCUGUUCACCUGCGUGGCGUUCAGCGUGGCGGCACACGGCGCGCGCUUGCCUCCCGGCGGAAUGGCGUCCUGGUGCAUCUUCUGCUGGGCCUUCAGCUUCGCUGCCACAGCCUUGAUCCUGCUGGUGGAGCUUCUGGGCCUGCAAGCACGCGUGCCGGUGUCCUGGUCCAAUUUCCCCAUUACGGUGGCGUGCUACGCCGCCCUCCUCUGCCUCUCCGCAUCCGUCAUCUUCCCGCUGAACUUCCUGCGGGACAGCGUUUACUACGACGAAGCGCGUGAGCACCGCGUGGCCUCCACCGUCUUCUCCUGCCUGGCGGCGGUGGCCUACAUGGUGGAGGUGUGCCUGACCAAAGCGCGACCCGGCGAGGUGGCGGGCUACAUGGCCACGGUGCCGGGUUUGCUCAAGGUGUGCCAGACCUUCGUGGCGUGCGUCAUCUUCAUCCUGGUCAGCGAGCCCGUCGCGUACGAGAGUCACGCCGCGCUCCAGUGGUGCAUGGCCGUCUACUGCAUCUGCUUUAUCCUCUCCAUUGCCGUGGUGGUGAUGUGCGUGGGGGAGUGCACCGGGUACCUGCCAUUGCCUUUUCCCCGCUUCCUGUCGGCGUUCGGGCUCCUGGCGGUUGCCAUGUAUCUAACGGCCACAAUCCUCUGGCCAGUCUUCCAGUUCAGCAAGCGCUACGGGGGCAGAGGUGCCGAGUCCAGCCUGAUCGCGGUGGCGGUCCUCACCGGCCUCAACUUCCUGCUUUACCUCGCCGACCUAGCGCACACUGCCAGACUUGUAUUUGUCAGUAUGUGAGCUUUAGGCAAAUUUUGACUCUUGUUCAACUUAACGUUAUUACUACAACCCCUAGCAAAAAGUAUGGAAUCACCAGUCUCGGAUGAGCACUCAGACAUUUUAUUAUGUAGAACAAACUCGGAUAAAAAGCUUGAAAAAUAAUGUAUUUGUUCAAAAGUGCAACUCUUUAGCAUUCAGAAACACUUAAAAAAUGAAUAAAAAACAUUGUGGUGGUCAGUAAAUGUUAAUUUUAUAGAGCAAAUGCUGGGAAAUAUAUAUGGAAUCACUCCAUUCUGAGGAAAAAAAUAUGGAAUCGUGAGAAAUAAAGAAAUAAGAAUCAAAACAUCUCUAGUAUUUAGUAGCACCACCUCUGGCUUUUAUGACAGCUUGCAAUCUCUGAGGCACGGACUUGAUGAGUAUUCAUCAAUUUGUUCUAUCACCUUGUCAAGAAUGCAUUGGACAAGGUGAUGAUGCUGGAACUUUUGUUUGGUGCUGUUCCAGUGAGAUUUACAAAGAUGACUGCCUGAUGAAGACAUCAAAAUUCCCUCAGUCAAAGAAAUAACAAUCAAAACACAUCUCUAGUAUUUAGUUGCUUUUAUGACAGCUUGCAGUCUCUGAGGCAUGGACUUGAUGAGUGACAAACUGUAUUUUUCGUCAAUUUGGUGCCAAAUCUCUUUGAUUGCAGUUGCCAGAUCAUCCUUGCAGGUCGGAGCCUUGCUGUGGACCAUUUUUUUCUAUUUCCACCACAGGUUUUCACUAGGGUUGAGAUCUGGGCUAUUUGCAGGACAUUGCAUUCAGUCUCCAAGAAAUGCUUUAACAGUUUUAGCUCUGUGGCAUGAUGCAUUGUCAUCUUGGAAAAUGACAUAUUUUCAAUUGAAGGGAUAAGAAAGCUGUCUAAAAUUUCAAUGUAAACUUGUACAUUUAUUGAAGAUUUAAGCACAGCCAUCUCCUCAGUGCCUUUGCCUGACAUGCAGCCUCAUAUCAUCAAGGACUGAGGGAAUCUUGAUGUGUUCUUCAGGUAGUCAUCUUUGUAAAUCUCACUGGAACAGCACCAAACAAAAGUUCCAGCGUCAUCACCUUGUCCAAUGCAGAUUCUUGACUCUUGACAAGGGGAUGAUUUCAUAAUAACUGGUAUGUUUUAGGACCUGAAGGUGCAGAAGCACGUCUCUCAGAUACUCAGGAAGAUGCGACACCAGGAAGAAAUGCAGCUGCAGGCCUUAAUGGAGGCGCGCUCGCAGAACCCAUCACAUUCACUCGAAAAGCGAAUUGAAAGUGCCAAAAGGCGAGCAAAGGAAGUGUGCAUCAAGCUUCGGCAGGAUGCAGUGAGAGUGCCCUUUAGUGUCUUUACACUUUGCGUGAUGCAUUGUCAUCUUGGAAAAUGAUUUCAUUACGGCCAAACAUACUUUCAAUUGAACGAAUAAGAAAGCUGUCUAAAAUUUCAAUGUAAACUUGUACAUUUAUUGAAGAUUUAACCACAGCCAUCUCCCCAGCGCAGUUGCCUGACAUGCAGCUCCAUAUCAUCAUGGACUGAGGAAAUUUUGAUGUUUUCUUCAGGCACUCAUCUUUGUAAAUCUCACUGGAACAGCACCAAACAAAAGUCCAGCAUCAUCACUUGUCCAAUGCGAAUUCUUGACUCUCGACAAGGGGAUUUUUUCAUAAUAACUGGUGUCAAUGAUGGUUUCCUUUUAGCUUUCCUGUAUGAAAAUCCCAUUUCCUUUAGGCUAUUUUGCACAGUUCUGUCACAUACUUUGACUCCAGCUUCCUUCCAUUUCCUCUUCAUUUGUCUUGUUGUACAUCUUCAGUUUUCAAGACAUAUAGCCUUUAGUUGUUUGUCAUGACGUUUGGAUGUCUUCCUCGGUAUAUCAAUACCCUUAACUUUAACAACCUUGCCAUGCAGAUUUUUGAUACAGCUGACUUUGAACAGCCCACAUCUUUGGCAACCAUACAUGUAGCGUUACCUUCUUCAAGACGUUUGAUAAUCCUCUCCUUAGUCUCAAAAGACAUCUCUCUUGUUGGAGCCAUGAUUCUUGUUGAAUCCACAUGGUCCAACAGCCCUCCAAGGUGUGAUAACUGCACUGUUUUUAACUGCUGACUAACGAGCAGAUCUAAUCUGAGGUAGAGGCCCAAUUGAGAGGAAAUUGACUGGGUGUGUCUGUAUUUUCUACUCAAAAUGAAGUGAUUCCAUAUUUUUUUCUUCAGAAUGGAGUGAUUCUAUAUUUAUUUCCCUGCACUUGCUCUACAAAAGUAACAUUUACUGACCACCACAAUGUUUUUAUUCAUUUCUUUUAGUGUUUCUGAAUGCUAAAGAGUUGCACUUUUGAACGAAUUCAUUAUUUUUUCAAGCUUUUUAUCCUAGUUUCUUCUACAUAAUAAAAUGUCUGAGUAAGUGCUCGUUUGAGACUGGUGAUUCCAUACUUUUUGCUAGCAGACAGAACCUUUACAUUAUUUUCCAAAUUAUCAUGCAACUAGGAACAAAUAAACCUUUGGUUUUCACGUUGUCAUACUUUUA